AUGGCGGCUUUGACUCUGCGGAAUUACGAGGAAGACAAGCGAGAAAUCCAAGGAUUCCUGCGUGAGUUCUAUAAAGCUGAACCAGAUGGCACCAAACACUUUGUUUACCUGGAGCAGCUGACCAAACUUGCAAAUCGAACUCAGAACGUUUUACAUGUGUCGUUGGAUGAUUUGUGGGAUACCUCAGAAGAAUUGACAAGUGCCGUCGAAUUCAACACAGUGCGCUACCAGAAGCUCUUCGCAGAAGCCAUUGAUGACCUCUUAACCGAUCUCCACGAAGGCGAGCCCCAGAUUCACGAUGUUCUCGAUAUUUAUAUUGACCACCGUAUCAGAAUGGAGCAAAGGAUGCAUGCCUCAGAUGCUGAAAACUCUGCCGUUCCACUUGGGCAGCGUGAUGCUAACUACAGGCCAACCGCCGCUGACAUGAGGGAGAUACGGUCAAAGUUUCCGCCGGAACUGUUAAGACGCUUGUACGUGUUUCGUUUGAUUUGCACUUUUUGGUCGCCUGAUGGGCUGCUGAUACACCCUCUAUUUUUAGAAAUCUGUAGUUUUGUACCCAACUCUUUUCCUUUUUCUUCCGAGAAUUGUCCACCUUUCCUUAAUAAAUCGUUUUUGGUUUUCAGUGAAGUAUACUUUAUCGGUCGUACGCAAUUCAAACCAGUGAGCGUUAGGACCGUUCUUGCCUCCAGCAUUGGACACUUAAUUCAAGUUCGUGGUAUUGUAUCUCGCUCAACAGAAGUCAAGCCCCUUCUCCGCGUUGCUACGUACACAUGUGAUCGCUGCGGAGCUGAAACUUAUCAGGAAAUUACCAGUCCCACCUUCAUGCCGCUCAUUCUCUGUCAAACUGCCGCAUGUAAAGGUGCUGGCACCGGUGGUGGUGGUUAUCUCCAUCUACAAACGCGUGGCUCCAAGUUUGUUAAAUUUCAAGAAAUCCGUGUUCAGGAGCUCUCUGAUCAGGUUCCUGUUGGAAAUAUACCUCGCGGUCUGACUGUAUACGCUCAUGGUGAAAACACUCGUAUUGUACAACCUGGCGACCACGUACUCAUCACGGGCGUCUUUUUGCCGGCUCUGCGCGGCACUGUUGCUGGCCGUGCAAUAGCUUCCGCGGCGGGUGGUUCUAGCGCUCUUCUCGCCGACACCUUCUUGGAAGCUCAUACUGUUGUACCACUGAGCAAAACCGACUCCGUUUUGGAGUCAGCGCCUACAGAGGAGGAAGUUGAACGACUCUCCGAUCCUGACAUGUACACCCUCAUGGCGCAGUCACUGGCCCCAGAAAUCUACGGCCAUGAAGACGUGAAAAAGGCCCUUCUCCUGCUGCUUGUUGGAGGCGUAGAACUUAAACCACAAGCUGGCUUACGUAUUCGUGGCAACAUUAACAUUUGCCUCAUGGGCGAUCCAGGUGUCGCUAAGUCCCAGCUGCUCGGGUUUGUCAGUCGAGUGAGCGCUCGUUCGCAGUAUACUACCGGUCGUGGUAGUUCUGGUGUUGGUCUCACCGCCUCCGUGCUGAAGGAUCCAUUUACCGGAGAGAUGACCUUGGAAGGCGGCGCUCUUGUUCUGGCUGACCAGGGUGUCUGCUGUAUCGACGAGUUUGACAAAAUGGCUGAAUUUGACAGGACCGCAAUUCAUGAGGUAAUGGAACAGCAGACCGUCAGCAUCGCAAAGGCUGGCAUUCUGACCACCUUAAACGCUCGCGUUGCACUCCUUGCCGCGGCCAAUCCAGCUUACGGUCGUUACAAUCCUCACCGCACCGUCGAACAGAAUGUUGACCUGCCGGCUGCCCUCCUGUCUCGGUUUGAUCUACUUUGGCUAAUCCAGGACACACCUGAUCGGUGA